UGCUAUUCAGUCUAGGAAGCCCCGGGACCAUCUUCCACCCUCCGGGAGAAGAGGCGAGCAGUCCCGGCAAACCCCGAGGCCAGCCGAGUGUGGAGCAGCAAGUGGCAGUGUCUUGUCUUGUACAGUGGCAGUGCCCGUCUCAUCCCACCCCCCGGCCAUGGGCUCCACGUGAAUGUGCCCGCUGCUCCAAACGCCAGCAAGGAUUUUCUCCUCUCUCCUCUCUCCCCCUUGUCCGCUACCAGCCAGCCAGGGAGCCAGGAGGUUGAAGGACGCGGACCUAGCCACGCGUGCGGAGGCCAGGAGAGGAGGAAGAGAUGGAUCCUGGAGUCCAGAGCAGCCUUCUGCUGUACCUGCUUCUCUCCUGCCCCUAUACGUCCCGGGCAGCGCAGGGCUGUCUGAGCCGGCAGAAGGUGCUCGUUGCCAUCCGGCAAAUGCAGCAGCUGCUGAAAGGGCAGGAGAACCGCUUUGUUGACGGGAUCCACACCAUGAAGGCCAAGCUGUCGACCUUGCAGCUCUCUGUCUCCAGACCCACCGCAAACCAGCGCUCAGCGGUGUUGUGUCCUUCGCUGGAGGCCCCCAGGCACGGCAAGAAGCUUGGCUCCAAGUACAGCAUGGACCACGAGGUGCACUUCAUCUGCCUGCCUGGGUAUCAGCUGAGCGGCUCCAGCACCAGAGUGUGUCAGGCUAGCAGGCGGUGGACGGGCAGUACAGCCAACUGCACAGAGGUGAAUGAGUGUACCAGCAACCCCUGCCAGAAUGGAGGGACGUGUGUGGAUGCCGUGAAUCGAUACGCCUGUAUCUGCCCAAACAACUGGACGGGCAGCCACUGUGGCCAUCCAGUGCCCACAGCUGGUGCCGGGGUAGACCUGAGUGAGUUCGGCGACACGUCCUUCAGUCGGAAGCCUCGGUGUGCCAAGGUUGAGGGGGCCCAGCACUGCAGCUGUGAUGCAGGUUUCCAUAUGAGUGGUACCAGUGAAAAUAGCCUGUGCCAAGAUGUGGACGAGUGUGAGGUGUUCCAGUUGGAGGGAGUUACCCGACUCUGCAUGCACACCUGCAUCAACGUCCCUGGAUCCUACCGCUGCACCUGCCCCCCCACCUACAGGCUGCUCAAUGAUGGCAGGAGCUGUGAUGAUGUCGAUGAGUGUGCAACAUCGCAGCACAACUGCCCAACAGAGGCAACCUGUAUCAACACGGGUGGAGGAUUUGAGUGCGUUAACCCGCAGUGUCCGCUGCCUCACGAGAAUGUCAGCUACGUUAAAACAUCGCCAUUCCACUGUGAACGCUACCCUUGCCCGAUGAACAGCAAGUCAUGCCAUCACGCUGCGAAAACCAUCUCCUUCCACUACCUCUCCAUGCCCUCCAAGCUGAAGACCCCGGUCACCCUGUUCCGCAUUGCCAGUGCUGCUGCCCCUGGCAGGCCCGGGGCGGACAGCAUGCGCUUCGGUAUCGCCGGCGGCACCAACCGCGGCCAGUUCGUGGUGCAGCGGUCCGACCGGCAGACGGGCGAGCUCAUCCUGGUCCAGCCUCUGCUGGGGCCGUGCACCGUGGAGGUGGACGUGGACAUGUCCGAAUACUACAACCGCACGUUCCAGGCCAAACACAUGUCCAAGGUCACGCUCUUCAUCUCGGCCAACGGCUUCUGAGGAGAUGCUCAGACAUGUUGACUCUGGGCGGGAGGGAACCAUGACCAUUAUUGCGAGGUGACCAGGGUGAGAUAGCUUCCGAGCCUCACAUGCAUGAGGAAGACGGCUUACCAUGGUAUACAAGUACUGUUGGUAGCGUGCAACACCUUGAGCUGCUACUUCACUGUGGUGAUGUGAUGCGUUGCAGACUUAUGCCCCUGUCCCACUUAGGAAACCUGAACGGAAACCUCUGGAGACUUUGCGCCCCACCCAAGUUUUCCGUGCG